CAUGCUCACUUUUUUUACAUUUUAUCAAAAGGUAAAACAUCAAACAUCAAAGAUCUCUCAUCUUCCAUUAUUUAGGCUUUUAUAAUAUGAUCUCUCCUUUUUCACCUUUAUUGCACUUCUCAUUUUCAGUGUUAUAGAACCACCGCUUGGGUUCUUCGUGAAUUUGUAAACCUAACACGGAAUAAUUUAUAAUGUUGUUAUUAUAGUUCACGGAUGUUCAGUUAGACAUGGCAAUCGGGUCAAUCAGUUUGGUUCUGGUUCGGGUCUUUUACGGAUAUAUGUUAUAAUCGGUUUGGGUCAGUUUGGAUAUGGUCAGUUCGGUUCCGGGUUUUUUUCGGUUUGAUUGAUUUUCGGUUUCGGUUCGGUUGCGGUUUGGGUUUAUAUCGCUUUGGGUUUGUAUCGGUUCGGGUUUUCAUCGGUUCGGGUUUGUAUCGAUUUGGGUUUGUAUCGGUUCAGUGCCGGGUUAUUUGGUUCGGGUUAUCGGGACCGGGUGAGUUUUGCCAAGUAUAUGUUCAGCCUUUGUACUAAUAGAUAUGUAAUGUAAAUAAGUGAAUUUAUGUAACACCCUAAUCCGUCCAGGUCUGCAGCCCCAUUCGGACUAAAGUAUUGAUUUGGUAAUCGUGAUAAUUUAAAACAUUUCAAACACACUUUAUUAAUCUCAAUAAUAUUUUUCAUAACAUAUACAGUACGGAGUAGUUAACAAUAUUGCGGAAGCGAAUUUAAUAUUGACAUUUCAUAAUUCAUUUCAAAACUUGUCACAUCCAUCCUGACAAUCUCGCCCCAUCUGCCGCCAGGAUCACAUUAAUCUUUCUAUUUACCUGGGUGUAGCAAAUAAAACACACUACACGCUCAGCGGUGAAGCUGAGUAAGCAUAUCUAAAGCGUCGAACAUCCAAAUAACUUGAAUCUCAAUUCAUAAUCAACCAUUUGAUAUCAUGCACACAAUAUAUGAUUCAAACAUUCAUGAUAUUCUCAAUAUUUUAUUCCAAGUCAUUUGAUAUUCAAUAUCCCAACCAUGCUCUUAAAUUAUUCUUAAUCUAAGGCCAAAUCAUUUUAUAACAAGCUCUUAGCUAUUCCUAGUCUAAGACAACAUUUCUAACCAGGCCCUUAAACUAUAAAUAGUUUAAUGCAGAACACAAAAAUCGAUAAUCCACCCUAUGAGUCGUGUGGAUUACGUACCAACCGAACAAUGAUUUGUCGGGUGGGUGAUAUCCGUUCUGGAUCCCGUACCUACGUUUUAACCCCGAAAUAUGAAUUGGUUAAGGAGGUAUAUCUUAGAGUUCUUCUAGAUAUCCUUAAUAAUCAUCAUCAUUAUACAAGUGGGUAUAUCUUUAGAGUUCUUCUAGAUAUCCUUAACAACAUUAUUCAUCAAUUCAUAUUCUUAGUUCAAGAAUCAUUUAAUAAUCCAUAAUAUUCAUCAAAUGAACAAUCUAAUAACAAUCAGCGGCCUAACAUCGAGUGUUAACACCCUAGCUUACCGUCAUGCAUUACAUAAGAUCCCUUUUAGUUGUUAAAACACCAUCUUUAUUCCAAGAAAUCAUCCUUUUAAUAAUCAUAAUGGUUUGGUAUCAAAAUAUAGGAUUCCAUAACUCAAAAAUCGUGUUUUCUAAAUAAAAAUUGAUUAACAUAUGAUAGGAAAUUCAAUUAUUAGCUAUUAGCUUCAUUUUCUUCAAUAGUGUAGGGAGACAGUCUACUGUCACUUCUAAUAAUCUACUGUCUGAUGUUCAGAAUGGGCUGAUAAUCGAUUAUCACACUCUGAUAAUCGAUUA